AUGGCGACCUCGGCCAGAGAGAUCCUUCAGUCGCUACCAGCUACCGAGCGCGCCAAUCCGGAUCUCAACAUAGACCUGGACGCCCUCCCGGUUCAUCAAACCCUCGGACUGGAAUGGAACGGCGAAGGAGACCAUUUCUUCUUCACCCUCGUCAUACCGACAGCGAUAACGAAAAGACAAGUCCUGUCCACCGUAUCCGCGAUCUACGACCCGAUGGGAUUUCUGGCGGCAGUUACAAUAAACGCCAAAGUAUUGCUGCAAGAUGCAUGGCGCGUAGGUCGCGACGUACAGCCCGACGGACGGCGUCCGAAGAAAUUGGGGUGGGACCACCCGCUACCGCCGGACUUGCAAGAGCGGUGGGACUGCUUCGUAAGGAGCCUGGAAAGCCUUCGGGAACUUCGGGUGCCACGUUGUCUCCGCCCAACCUCGUUUCCUGCAAACGACACGGCAAUCACACUUCACCUCUUCUGUGAUGCCUCAUUAUUCGCCCUGGGAGCCAGCUUGUUCCAACGAAGUGAGUGUCGCGGAAAAAUCGCUCUUCGCCUGGUCGCAGCCCGAUCAAGAGUGGCACCGGUAAAACAACAAACAUUGACUCGGUUGGAGCUAAUGGCCGCGCUGCUAGGAGCACGGCUCCUCAAACGGUAUCUUCAGCUACUACAGCUUCCCUGCUGGUCGCAUUGGUGUUGGUCAGACUCCGAUAACGUUCUCUACUGGCUGCGUUCGGAGGCUACGCUAUACGCCCAGUUCAUCAGCAGCCGCAAAGAACAGAUAUUGUCCGUCUCACCUGCGUCCAGGUGGCGUCAUGUUCCCUCAGAACUAAACCCCGCCGACGACCUAAGCCGAGGAAUAGAAGCGAGCGAGCUGACGGAAGGCCACCAAAGCCUAGCAGGACCUGCCUUUCUGCUAAUGGGAGAAGAGGAGUGGCCACAAAGGUUCGGAGGAGAAGCGGUGCAGCCGGAAGCCCUGGAAAUCGUAAGACCAGUAGCUGUGUGUGAGGAGGUGAGGGUGAAUGCCGUGGUGGCGACAGAAGCAGGAGCUUCCAGUCUUCCCACGCCGACGAUCGGCAAUAUAGUCGAGUCCAGCACCACGCUCUCCGCUCUUAAGCGAUCCGUUGCCGGGUUGAAUGCUGCCCCGGGCGAGGAGUUAACGCCGUCAUUGUUGCGGGCUGGUCUAGAUUGCUGCAUAAAAAUGGCCCAAAAGUCAGCGUAUGCCAGCGAGAUCAAUGCGUUGGCCAAAGGCAACCAAAUCGGACGCGAUUCACCGCUCCGCAAACUCUCUCCCUUUCUUGAUCCAGAUGGUUUGUUGCGAGUGGGAGGACGCCUGCAACAUGCCACUAUGAACGAGGACGCCAAGCAUCCAGUUAUCUUACCCUAUCACCACAAGUUGACGAGGCUCAUCAUCGUCAACACCCAUGAGUCUCGAUUUCACGCCUCGACCGAAAGGACACUCUAUGAGGUGAGCGCCACCUAUUGGAUCGUCAGAGGAAGAAGAACGGUGCGCCAAGUGGUCAACUCCUGCCUAGACUGUCGGAAGCGACACGCGAAACCAUUGGCUCCGGAAAUGGCACCCCUUCCCGCCUGUAGAGUGACGCCUUUCCAACCACCGUUCAGCAAUGUCGGGGUCGAUUACUUUGGCCCACUGCACGUUCCAGUCAAGCAGAGUACGGAGAAAAGGUACGGGGUGCUAUUCACCUGCCUCGUCACGAGGGCUGUCCACCUGUAG